GACGAAUGCGCAGACGUUUUAGCUCAUCGAAAACACGGCAGAUGAAUACGCGCGCGACAUCCUUAUAAGAAACCUUGAAAGUACGCUUGGCUAACAAUCAGCACGUCAGCGGCGUGGUUCUUGGCUCUGGUACAAGUCACUCUCGAAAACAAGUCAUCAACAUCGCAGAAUCGUUCACCAAUAUUAGAGCUAAGUUUACCGCAGCAGAGAGUCAAAACUCUUGUAAAAGGUCGCAUUUAUCCCCACUUCAAAUCGUUCUGCUGGCUCAAGGAUAUUAAGCCAGAGUUAUCGACGUGACUAAGCACAGUGAUCAUAUUUGAAGGCCCUGCUUAAUGUCAUACAAAGAUUGAUACGAGAGAAGAGUGCGUAGCCAUUUGCAGGUAACCCAAUCAAUCGGAGUGCGCUCGAGAGCAUGCCUUUCUGCAUUUGAUGAAUAAUUUGAAGCCAACUGAGUUAUGUGAGACCAAAAAUGCGACGAACAACAGGUCUUCUUGUAGUUGGAAUUCUGAGUUUCAUUUUAGUCGCUUCAGCUGGAGAGGGGAACCGUAAUGUAAUUGCUGAAGGAACAAGACGAAACAAAGAUAAAACCUCACCAACAGCUUGCCGACGAGGUGCCUUGUGCUGCAGACUUGGACGAAAGGCAGUACGACUUGAUUACACGUCGUCAGUUUACACAUGCAACAUCGAGGCUUUGAUACAAGGUCUGAAACACAGUAAGUCUGCAAGUCAUCGAUUACGCAAGCCUAACCAUUCACAAGCGGAUAGAAUGGAUGCUGCUAACUCGCUUCGCAUGUCACAAGGAUUUGGACGGCGUUUGAACUUCUGCAAAUCUCAAAGACCAGUGCAAAGGCGAUGCUUUGAAGAUUGCUGCGAGCGUAGACUGCGAGAAAGGCAAGUCAAGGCAAAAGCAGCCACACAAUCACAAAAGCAAAGCUCUUCUACAGAGUUGGAGACACACUCUGGAGAAACAUAGUCUUUUUGAAAAAAACUCUUCCGUAGUAACACGUUGGGGUUUACAUUCUAAUAGAGAAGCAGGACAGAAUGACUCGAUAAUUAACGAGAUGGUUUUGCAUUUGUUCCAGUUAUACCGUGUCAGUGUUUCGAUGCCGUUGGUAAAGUUGUUUAUAAAAUAUUUUAUUUCUAAAAAAAGAGUCAGUAGAGACGAAUUUAUAGUAUUCGUGGAAUUCUUAAUUGCCAUUCAAGUUCCUAUUGCCGAUUUACGUCUUUUCUGUAGAAGAAUGUCAAGCAUUUGGAUUCUCUACGACCGUGGUUGACAUUUGCUUCAAAUAAUAACGAAAUAGCAUGUCCAUUUUCAUCCAAAUCGUUAUUUCGUGAAGCAAAAUGUGCGUCGGCCAUUGGUAUCCUGCCACGAUGAAACAAUUUUUUCUGAAGUUGUAACAAAGAUCAUUAGGAAAUCAAAUCGACUUGAAAAGGGUUUAGACCCUUAGGCAUUUUAAGAUCUUCAUAAUGGUGGAAAAGCGUAAUUUCUUGUCCCGAUCAGAAUUCUAGUGUUGACUAAGUAAAUGAAUAAUCUAAUUUAAGACUGUCUGGUUUUAUAGCGUUAAUGACAGCAAAGAGACUAUUAAUACGUCGGCUGUGUUGUUUAGUAUAUCUAAGCUGUCAGCAUUACACGUUCUAAUGAUGUGCUAAGUCAGCUGCGUGAGUAACGUAUAGCAAAGUGGAGCUAAGUGGUGGGAGGGACCGAGUUACUGACAAAUGUGGGCUGAGCUACCAUUAGCAUUGUUAUCACGCGAUCAAGGAACUGUUAUUGACGUACUACAAACGUUCAAAUAUCCAUCUGCAAAGCCACAGGAUUGCUUGACCUCUCGAAACUUUUUGUUGUCAGGCAGUAAGACAGACGAGAGUACAAAGGACUUAAGGGAGAUAUUUAAGGUUAACGCUUAACGCAGGUAUUAAAAACAGAGAGAUUUUCCCUGGAAACUACAUACACUGUUCAAGCUCUGUUUCCAGACAUUAAGGCAAUCCUAAGCAACUCAAGAGUAGUUGGUGCUAUUAGCGGGUAUAAACUAGCAAUACAGGAAAUAAACUGAAAGCUAGUCACAGAGAUAACAGAUAUACGAUCAAAUACAAUACAGAUUAACGAUUUGA